CCAAUAUUGUUUUAAAUAAAUAUUGUGAAAAGAAGGUUGAGAUAAACACUUCAAUAUCGUUUUUUGCGUACGUAAAGUGUGUGUUUCGUAGCUUUUGGUUGGCUUGUAAUAAAUUUUACAAGUUAAUACCAGCAACAGUUUUAUUCAUUAUUAAACUGUUAAAACUCGCUGAAUUUCUAAACGUGGACAUAUAUAUUUAAGAAACAUGUAACCUGAUAUGAUACAAAAUGAGAGAAUCCGCUCAUGACAUUAGUCUUGAUACUUGGAAGCAGUGGAUUUUGGAAGCAAUUUCAAAAAUACGUUCUCAAAAGCAAAGACCCAGCGUUCAACGCAUUUGUCAAGCGAUUGGAAGUCAUCACAAAUUUCAUGAAGAUAUCGUAGCAGAGAAAUUAGAAGAAGCGGUUGAGUCGGGUGCCGUAAUUAAAGUAUAUAAUAAAGGACUACAUUCCUAUAAAGCACCUAUGGCAAAAAGGCGUAUUAAAAUAGAGAAAAAUAGUAAUUUGUGUAAAAUAGUUGCAAAAGCUGUGCAUGAUUUGGGUGAAUGUGAGGGAUCAACAAUAAAAACAAUUGAAAAUUAUAUACAAAAGUUUAAUAACAUAGAUCUUGGUCCCGAUGUUGAUUUUCGAGCAAUUAUAAAAAGUUCUAUUAGAAAAGCAGUAGAUGCUGGAUUUCUUGUACAGGAAGGAAAAUUAUACAAAAAGGGGCGAUCACUAACUACACCGCGAAAAUCGUCAUCAACAUUGGAGGUAACCGUAACUACUGGUGACGAUAAUUGUUCCUACUGUUCCGGCGAUGCACAAAAAAACAGAAAUGGUAUACCUGAGCCCCUGAGUUCUUGCAAAAAAUGUGGCAUGUCUUUACAUACUACUUGUGCAAAUAUAGCGGCUAAGUGUAAAUCACAAUCAUAUGUGCUACUAUAUAUGCUAGUAACGAAAGGUUCCAUAUGGUAUUGUAAAAAUUGCGCGGAAUGUAGUAUUUGCACAUGCAGCGACCGGGGACCGUGUUUGCUGGAAUGUUCGGCCUGCAAGAAAAUGUAUCAUUUAACAUGUUUGGACACGGUACCAGAUAAAAAGCCCAAACAUCCUUAUAGGUGCAACAAUUGCAUACUACAAAAUUUUGAUGUUGUUAAGAAAGAAGUGACGAAGAAAAGCUUGGAAACAGUUAAAUAUCGAAGUCAGUCAGGUGGUGAAACAUGCAAAUCGACCAGAGGUGGCAAACCAGUGACGCCCUCAACUUCUGAGUACGCGGGCACACGGCAUAAAGAAUGGAUUGGUAGCAAACAAAAGGACAAACGAAGCAUGGGUGCGAUGGCAGGAAUUUCAUGUAAACGGCAAAUCAUAGAUGAAUUAGACAAUAAUCCAACAACAUCAAAACUUUCGAAAUAUGAAGGUUCCAAAGAAAUGUACAAAGACAUUUCCCUAAGUCAAGCUAUCAAAUCGUCACAGAAUUUACAAAAGAGUAUUGCGCAUAAUUCGCACUUGAAAAUGUUUAGACAACGUAGACAAUUUGCGGGUUUCCUUAAUAAAUUGGAUCCAUCGUCGAACGAUACGAAACGUACAAAAAAGAAAACACCAUCAGAUUUAUCAUCUUCAAGUUCUUCAAGCGAUAGCGAUGAAGAUGAUAACAUGGACUUUGAUGACGACAAUCAAGACGAUAGUACAUCAUCGGGUUCAUGUUCGUCAAGCAGUUCGGGUUCCGAUUCGAGUGAGAGUAGCAGUGAUAGUUCCGAAUUCGACAAUGAAGAAGAUAAUUAUGAAGAAAACGAUGACGAUGAUUGUGACUCGGAUAAAAGUGAGUCCAAAUCAAAUAUAUUCAUUUCACAAAUCCCAGUUAAGAAAGAAAUUACUGUACCAGCAAAAAAUUACACGUCACAAAAUAACAAAAUAAAAGAUGAACAUUGGGGCUUUGCUGCCGUUGCCAAAAAUCGUGUUGACAUAUUUUCACAAUCGCGAAAUAUGGAAACGGAUGGCUUUGCGCUAAAAAAGUGUGGCAAUCUCUUAACUGGUUUCAAUAAGAAUUUAGUACCCGAUGAGAUAAACACGCGAAACAAACAAAUGAAUUACAAGUCCUUACAAGGUCUUGGCAACGAAGUAGACCAAAUGGAAAAGCGUACUGUAAAAACAACAGCUAAAAAGGAUGACGUGCCAGAGACCAGCGUAGCAUCGGCAGAAGCCGCUGCUAAUCGGGGUGCAAAAAAAUCUGUGGAAAAAUUGCAGAAAAAGAAAGUAGCCACACUCAAGUCUGCGCCGUUGGAUACGAAACGUACCGUCUAUAAGAGCGACGACGAUGAGGUGCCCUAUUUGAAUGAAAGCACCGUUAUCAAGUAUCAAAUGAUGGAAAACACAAAUUACGCUAGAGGCGUAAAGCCCUUCACAAACGAAGAAAGUUCCUCCAACGAGAAGGUCGAAUACGAAGAGGUGUAUCCAGAGAAUCCAUUUGAAAAUCAACCACUACCCAAUGGCGUAGAACAGAGUGAUAUAACAAUUUAUAAGAAAAUACGCGAGAAUGCUGCAAAGAAAAUAACGGAAUUAAAAAACUUAAACGCGCUAACCAAUGCCAAUAUUGGGCCAACACAAGAGCGUUGCCCAUCGGCAAUAGAAAUCGGAAAGUGGCAUAUUGAAACCUGGUAUUCGAGUCCUUUUCCACAAGAAUAUGCCAGGCUUCCCAAAUUGUAUUUGUGUGAAUUUUGUUUGAAAUAUACAAAGAGCAGAUCUGUUUUGGAUCGACAUCAAAACAAGUGUCUUUGGAAGCAACCACCAGGCACCGAAAUAUAUCGUCAUAACGAUAUAUCGGUAUUUGAAGUCGAUGGCAAUAUAAACAAGAUAUAUUGUCAAAAUCUAUGUUUGCUGGCCAAACUAUUUCUGGAUCAUAAAACACUUUACUACGAUGUUGAGCCGUUUUUGUUUUACAUCUUAACCAAGAACGAUAAGAAGGGUUGCCAUCUGGUUGGCUAUUUCUCGAAGGAGAAACAUUGCGCACAGAAGUUUAAUGUAUCAUGCAUAUUGACAAUGCCACAAUUUCAAAGGCAGGGUUUCGGUAGAUUCCUCAUUGAAUUUAGUUAUCUGCUCAGUCGGGAAGAGGGCCAAGUUGGCACACCAGAAAAACCACUCUCCGAUUUAGGCAGACUGUCAUAUUUCUCUUACUGGAAAUCAAUAAUUUUGGAAUAUAUUUACAAUCACAGAAAUGAUGGACGCAUCACCUUCAAAGAUAUUGCCAACAAAACGGGACUGACCGUUUCCGAUAUAGCAUUGGCCUUUGAAUUGUUGAAUUUUAUUAAAUUGCGUAAAAAUGAAGACGACAUACGUUACCAAAUCAAUAUCAAGGUUGAUUGGGAGAAAGUGAUAUCACAUUAUAAGAAACUGCAGAAUUCCAAACGUAUACCGUUAGAGACGGAUUGUUUGCGUUGGAGUCCGCUAUUGUCCAAAUCAUUGACGGGCGAUGGCACAAAAUCGUCUGAAGAAAGUUUUUUGGACAGCUCCACGCGGUCCGAUCAGACCGCUAUCGAACGGAUUAGAUCCCGAAAAUCGAAUUCUUUGAUUGCGAACAAUGCAAAUUUCAUAAAAAAGGAAACGAAUACGCAUGUCGGUGGCGGCAUGCAAAGUAGUAAAAGUAAAUUGUCCAAUUUCAGCAAAGAUAAAAUCGCCAGCGCAACCGUAGAACUAAAUUUUCACAAGCGUAAGCCCGCGCAUGUAAAAAACACUAAUACGGAUUUAAAAAACUCUAUGCAUGAGGUGAUAGACGAAAGCAACGAACCGCCGAAUCAAGACGUACCCGAGCAAAAUAAGCUGCAUGAAACCGUAGCCCCAAAAUCCGAAACGAACAGUGAUAACGCAAAAGCGCCCACAAGUGUUGUUGUAGAAGUCGCUAGGAGAAAUCCACGCAAACGCCAUCUUAGCAGAGAUGAUAGCAUUUCAGCGUCGACGGCUGAAGAGCCGGAAAUCAUCCAUAAACCUGAAAAAAGACGCAGAAUUCAAAAUUCACCUGUGCAACCAAUUGUUGUUGCGGAGAAGACAAAAGCUGAGGCGGUGGAUAGUAUGGGUAUAGAAGAUGACAAGCCAACCAGCCGCGCACAAAGAUUAGCGAAUCGUAAACAAAGCACACCCAUUGUAUCCACCAAUAAGAGAAAACAUUUUGAACGACAAAAUGAAUUGAAGAUGAAUAUUAAACAAGAAGAGACAAGUUUGGCAGAGAAAAUGGCUAUUGAACCUGAGACCGAGCCUAAGCCUGAACCCGAACCUGCCGUCGAAAAGGAACCACAGCCAGCAUCUGAAGCUAUAGUCGAACCUGAAGCGGCGAAAGAAUGCAUGGAAGUAGAAGAGUCGACUGAAGACAAAUCAAUAAAAAAUUGUAAUAAUGAUAAGCCCAUAACAACCGUACCCAAGUUGCGAGGCAAGAAGAGCAUUGAGAAGAAAACCACUGAAAUGUAUAAUGAAAGUAAUGCCAACAGCGCUAAAAAUGCCAGUGCAGCCAGCGAAGCUCACAAUCCAGAGCAAGAACAGGAAAGCAAGCAGGAAACGAAAAACAAUGCAGAACAUGCAGGUAACGCCGGAGUCGAAACAGCAGUAAAGGACAAGGAAGUAGAAGUCGCGCCAAAUGCAACUGUUGAACAAAAAGUAGAAGAGCAACUGCAAAAAAACCAACAGAAACUAGAAGAAGUACAACAAAUACAACAGCCGAUACAACAAACUGUGCCGUUUAACGUUGGAAAAUCCGAAACAUGCGCGUUACCAGCGGGGAACGAUGAAAAAGUCUUAGAAGCCGUAGCGAAGAAGACCAAAAAGACAUUUGCCGAAUUAAUGGUGGAGAAUACCGACACCAACAGCGCUGUUGCCACACCAGACUCAAAGUUGAAUUUGAACGAAAAUAAAAACCCGUCGCUUGAGCAUGAAAACGAGCAAAAAGACGAAGUAAACGUUAAAAGCGUAUGUGCCACUAGCGAAAAUGCAACACCAAUUGCCGUUGCCAAUGUCAACGAUGAUAAACCAAAAAUUACAGACGAAGUGGUUAAAGAUGCUGUUACACCUACAGAAAGUAACGUACAAAAUGUGGAACAAAAAACUGAAAUCGAAGUCAAUGCUAAUACGAAUGCAGUUACUGCCACCAAAACUGAGCCGAUCACAACAGAGGCAACACCUGCACCGUCAACUACAAUAGUUGUUAAGGAACCACUAUGUAAAAUAGAAUGCAUUGAAAACGAAGUGUCGCCAAAAAUGGUGGCACAAAUUUCACCAAAACAAACAAUAAAAGAAGAUUGUGCAAAUUCCCCGUGCCUUACGACCGAGACAAGUAGCAAGGAUGACGAACAUAAAGAAACCUACGAAAGUAGAAACGAUACAAAACAAUUGGCUGCUGCAGCAGUAACGCUCACCACAGCAACACCAGCUGUGGCAAUGGCCGCUGUUGUGACGGCACCGCCACUCAUCGCACCAACGCCAAUUCCGCCUACUAUCACAUCAACCGCGGCAGCACCUGUAAUUGCACCCACACCGGUAUUAACAGCGACACCGGCGCCAAUAACCGUCACUACAGCUACUACUGCACCUGUUGCACCACCAACACCGCUGCAAAUACCUAAGCCAACAGCAAGUGAAGCGCCGAUUAUCUGCAAAACGGAUCAGCUUGUUGAAACUAAACCCAUUAUGAAUAUUAAAACCGCAUCGCCACCCACAAAAACAUAUGCAGAUAAUGUGGCCGAGAGCAAAAUCAAUGAGAAGAAAAUCAAAAAUGUCAUAGAGAGUGUAGGUGUCGAAAGAAAGGAGAAGAUCUACACCCAAUCAAACAACAUGCAUGAAAACAGCGAAUUAAAUAAAUUGAAAAUACAACAAAAAAUUAAUGAAGCCGCUGCAGCGGCUGCUGCAACAGCCACGUUGGAAUUACAGCGAGCACAUAUGCAAGCGUCUGUUAAGAAAAGCACCGCCAACCAAGCUGUAAUAUCAAAUGCUAACGCCAUAAAUACCGGACGCAUCGAUGCAAGCAGCAACACAUCGUUUAUGAAAAGCGUUAAGGAUAAACAAAAAUCCAUAAUUACACAUACAGACAUUAAGAUAAAAGAAGAAGACAAGCAAGUACAAGUUAUAACAAAUAAAGGCACCGAUGCCGCCCUGUUAUCCUUGCAUGAGAAGAAUCCCUACAAUACGGCCGCAGUCGCCGCUGCCGAGCAUCAGAAAAUGCAAAACUCAAUGGAUCUGAAUAAGAUUGCCACGCCGUUUGCCAUAAAUCAAAUACCUAAUUAUGCAAAUACGCCACAGUAUUGGCAAUGGGACUACUAUGGUUACAAUUUGUCAACAUUGGACGCCGCCAGUCAUAAAAAUCAAAAUAAAUUCAAAGAUUUGGCCACAAGCAUGGCUUAUUCGCACAAUUUUACGCAGAAUUUAUAUCAAUCUGCUAUACAGCAUCAUGCUCAUCAGCAUAUGCAGCAGCAGCAACAACAACAGCAGCAACAGCAACAACAGCAGCAGCAGCAGCAACAACAGCAACAGCAGCAACAACAUCAUACAAAAGAUAAAUUGAAGAGUGAUAAAAAAAUGAGCGCUUGCAAGAAGGAGGAUGCGUCUAAAAGUAGUGCAAAUUCGAAUAGUCAAAACUUUAGUGGCAGUCGUGAGGAUUCACAUAAUUGUGGCUUUUCAAAUCCCCAAACGGCCGCUUACGGUCAGAAAUGCAAUAAUAUACAAUCGAAAUCACAUAAAAUGUCCACAGACCAAACACAACACAUCAAAUCGUUAAAUCUCUUGCCUAACGCUAGUUCGCGAUUUUACAAUCCAAUACCCAUACCCAGUAAUGCGCUCGCACAACAAGCCUUAUGCGGUCAGAAAGUGCGCGGGGAGCAUAACAAUUUGAAUGCCGCUGAAGAGAACAAGGUUAAGUUGAGCGCACACAAUGCGGCCAACCAACAGCAACAACAGCAGCAGCAUCAACAACAACAAAGCGCCGCACAAGAUAUUACCACACCGAUGGCGUAUAGCUCAGGUUCGUCAAAUCAUUCGGCGAGUAAUUUGCAUCAUUAUGACUGCGGCAUGACUGUACCGAUGAAUAUGGAUUCGCCAUCAAGUAUUGGCAGUGAUAUACAACAAAAUACGCCCGAUCCAAUACCUUCUACGACGCCGCACAUACAGCAACAGCAGCAGCAACAACAGCAACAAUCACAAUAUUCUGAUUGUUCGAUGCAAAGCCAUUCGGGUAAUACACCGAUGCACAUGGCCAUACAAACUUCACACAUUCAACAACAACAACAAGCUAAUCUCAACUUAAAUAUGCCGUCGAGCAGCGCGCAGGGCCUAAAUUCGCUUACAACCUCACAACAACAACAGCAGCAGCAUAGCCAGCAAAGUCGAAAAGUCAAUCAGCAGGCUGAAUUGGUGGCCAGCAGUUCGAAUCAGCGUGCAACCACGCCCAAGGCUAUACGUGGCGGCAAUACAAGUGGCAGCAAUCAGCAACAGCAGCAUCGCCAGCCAAAAAGCACGCCACCCACUAACACUGCAGUCAAUGUCUCUCAACAACAACAGCAACAGCAGAGCGUUAACAAUAAUCAAAAUCUAUUACAAUCACACCAAGAACAUUUACAUAAUAUGCAACAACAAUAUUCACAGCUGAGUGGUCAACAUCAUCAUCAACAAAAUAUGCAUAUUGAUUAUAUAACAUCCAUACCACCAAACAUACAAAACUACUCGUCGAAUGCAACCAACUCCUACGACAUAGUUUCCAUGCCCACAGUAAUACCACAACGUAUGGCCAUUAGUAACACUUCACAUUCGUUAUCUAGUCCACAUCAACGUACAUUGGAUCAGUCCUCACCAUCAGCAUGUGCUGUAAAUAAUUAUUAUUUACAAAACAAUUUAACACCGAACGAGGCGAGCACAUCACGUGUACCCGUACCGGCCUCAUCGGCAGCGACCAAUUCGAAUGGCGGUGGUGCCGGUGUCGGUGUCAUUCAUAUCAGUCCCGAUCCUUCGGCGAGCUCUUCUAGCGGCAAUGGUGAUACACAAUUGGCACAGGAUAAUGUCUCUGAAUCGUCAUCAUCGAAUGCCGGCACCACACCAACACAAGUCGGCAAUCUAUGUAGCCUCUCGAAAUUACAACAGCUAACAAAUGGUUUAGACAUACAGCCAUGUAACACUUCACCGGCUGGUCAGGUGAAUUUAACACCACCGCCGCAUCAUCCAGUCUCGCAUAAUUCGAUGACACCGCCACCACAUCUAUUGGUGACGCAAAAUCGUAGCUUGGGCACACCACCCAAUAUGCUGCAGCCGCAAAUCAAUCCACUGCAAUAUCAUAAAUACUAUUCGAGCAACAUGAAUAUUGCACCGAUUGCAACAUCACAAAAUGUGAAUAGGAAUACGCGUAAUACGGCAUCGGCGCCGGUACAACAUAUUGCCGUAUCGUCGGUGACCACAUCGUCGACCACCAGUCGCACCACAAAUGUACACAUUAGUCCGAAUUUGAUGCCGCCCUAUGGCGCUAUAAAUGGCUAUCGCAUGACAACACCACAAGCGGCGGCCACACCGACCUAUGCCGCUGGUGGCGAUUAUUCCAAUUCGCAGAUUCCAAUGCAAAUGGGGGUUAUGAAUAUGCAAUCGCAAUAUCCCGAUGCCUGUGCCAUUCAGCGAGCACAACAGAAUUCGAUGUAUUCAACUUAUCCACCCCCAUAUUUAUCGUUGAACGGGGCUAUGAGAAGAUAAAGUAUUUAGUGUAUAGUGAAUGCUUAAAAGUUUAUAUUUAUAUACAUACGUACAUACAUACCUACAUAUAUACACACAUACAAACUCUAUAAUUGUAUAUUUCGUAACAAAUAAAAUAAAUGAUUCAAAUAAACAUAA